AGAAGAAUUCUUUAUAGGGGGGCUGGCAAGCCCUGCCAGCAGAAAUUCUCUCCUAAUCAGUUGCUUUUCCAAACGAUUCGGGGCCUGUUGCCACGUUCUGGGGAUCAUCACACUGAGAAAAAGGCGCCAAGGGAGUGAAGUGCAAAGGGGAAAAUGUCUCUGCCAGCGGAUAAUAUUAAAGUGUGCGUUGUGGGAUCGGGAAAUUGGGGGUCAGCUAUUGCCAAAAUUGUGGGCCACAAUGCAGCCAAAUUGCCAAAUUUCUGCGACAGAGUCACAAUGUAUGUGUACGAGGAGAUGAUCGACGGGAAGAAACUCACGGAGAUCAUCAAUGAACAGCAUGAGAAUGUCAAGUAUCUUCCUGGCCACAAACUCCCGCCCAAUGUGGUUGCCGUUCCUGAUGUCGUGGAGGCUUCCAAGGAUGCCGAUAUCCUUAUUUUUGUCAUCCCCCACCAAUUUAUCCGUGGCUUAGCUGCGCAAAUGCUGGGAAAGAUCAAGACCACCGCUGUGGGAUUGUCCCUCAUUAAGGGCUUCGAUGUUGCCGAAGGUGGUGGUAUUGCAUUGAUCUCGCACAUUGUGACCAAACACCUCAAUAUCCCAUGCGCCGUCCUGAUGGGCGCCAAUCUGGCCAAUGAGGUGGCCGAUGAGAAGUUCUGCGAAACCACAAUUGGGUGCAAAGACAUGAAAAUUGCCCCAGUUCUGCGGGACAUCAUUCAAACCGAGUACUUCCGGGUGGUUGUUGUAGACGAUGAGGAUGCUGUGGAGAUCUGUGGAGCGCUCAAGAAUAUCGUGGCGUGUGGAGCUGGUUUUGUGGAUGGUCUCAAACUCGGGGAUAACACAAAGGCUGCAAUUAUCCGUUUGGGUCUUAUGGAAAUGAUUAAGUUCGUUGAAGUCUUCUAUCCAGGCGCCAAAUUGUCCACCUUCUUCGAAAGUUGUGGUGUGGCUGAUUUAAUUACAACCUGCUACGGUGGCCGCAACCGAAAGGUUUCCGAAGCUUUUGUCACUUCCGGGAAGUCUAUUAAGCAACUCGAGGAUGAAAUGCUAAAUGGGCAGAAGCUGCAGGGUCCCAUUACGGCAGAAGAGGUGAACUUUAUGCUGAAAAACAAGGGAAUGGAGGACAAAUUCCCCCUCUUUACGGCAAUCCAUCGAAUUUGCACGGGAGCCCUAAAGCCCAAGGAUGUAAUUGAUGCGAUACGUACCCAUCCAGAGCACAUGCCUCGCCAGUACAUUGCCAAACUCUAGAAAAAAACAAGACCUGUGUUUUAAACUUAACAAGACGAUUCCAAAAAAAAUGCCAUGCCUUCCGACUGGACGAUGUUUUCCAUGUUUUUGAGUUAUCUAAAAAAAAAUAAGUUGGAUUGUUUGCUCGACCAAAAAACCUGCACUUUAUGUCUGUGUCAUGAAACUAAAAUAUAUUUAGCAUUUAAGGAGCACCAGCUUUUAUAAUCAUUUUGUACAAUUUUUUUUUACAUUCAUUUAUAUUUUUUUUAAAGAAUUUUUCUGAGCUUAAGCAACAAUUCUAUGAGGUUUGGUGAUUGUGUUUUGUAAUUCUUUCUUUCUUUUCUUCUUCUAAUUUAUUCACAGGCAAACAUUUGGUGCCAAGUAAAAAAAAUCAAUUGUUUUACUUUUGAGAAAGUCACAAUGUUAGACAAAUUGUUCUUUUUUUUUUUGAGAAGAAAUUAAUAAAGAAAUAUUUGAGUUGAAA